UAAACAUGCUGUAGAGGGGCGGGAUAUAGGGUAUCCUGUGUCAGCAACUCAAUGGGCUUUGUUGUUUUUUCGGGAUGGAAAGACGGGAAAAUUGACUUUAAUUCGUUGCAAACAGCCCGGGUUAAAUGCGCAUAACAUUUCACUUGGAUCUGUACAAUCAAAAGCGGAGAACAUACGAAAUUAAACGGAUCUGUUCUGGUGAAAAGUGGCGUAUUUCUGAGGCCAACUCCAGCAGUGAGCUUGCUAGCCUCUCCGGGAGGGUGUCCUGGUUGGAGCGGAAGGAAUUCAAGGCACUGGAAGAAGGGCAGAAAUCUCAGCAGGGAUGCUUCGCUUAAGUUGGAAAAAACUGUAUUUUACGAUUCAGCCUGGAAUCGUGAUGAUAUAAAUCUGAAGUAUGUGUUUGCUCGAAUGAUUCCAAACUACAAAACAACUCAGUGGUCUUCUAACUAUUAAGUUAACGUGCCUGUUCUAGCUAGCCACGUAGCUACCCCCUCAGUGGGAAGGCAUUUAAAAUGGCGGAAGCCUGGCCCAUUCCUUCGGCUCUUGUCUUUAUGCUGCUGAGUUUGAGUGCCUGGGCCAGUGAGGCUUGUCCUGCUGCGUGCUCGUGUUCUAAAACAGAGGAUGAUGUUCACAUUCUGGACUGUAAUAGGAGAAGGCUGUCGAUGGCUUCUCUGGACGUCCCGGAUGGGAUAACCCAAGUAACUUUGAAUCACAAUGAGCUGACUGUUCUUCCCUAUCUUGGAGAUGGCUCCUCAAACAUCACAUCACUUUCUCUAGUCCACAAUCGGAUUUCAGAGCUGUCGAUGCUUCAGCUACAACCAUAUGUUUCCCUGGAGACACUGGACCUUACAUCCAACUCCAUCGCUGAGCUCAGAGUUGGAUCCUUCCCAUCUAUGCAGCUGAAAUACCUUAAUUUGAGCAACAACAAAAUCAGCGUCCUGGAGCCUGGCUGCUUUGAAAACGUCUCCAGCUCCCUGCUGGUGCUGAGGCUGAACAGGAACAGAUUAGCUGUGCUGCCAUCCAAAGUCUUCAAGCUUCCACAGCUUCAGUUCCUUGAACUGAAGCGCAACAAGAUCAGAAUAGUUGACAGCCUGACAUUCAAGGGGAUGGACUCAUUGAAGUCUCUGAAGAUGCAGAGGAAUGGCAUCACAAAGCUCAUGGAUGGAGCCUUCUUUGGACUGAACAACAUUGAAGAAUUGGAGCUAGAGCACAACAACCUAACAGAGGUUAACAAAGGUUGGCUGUAUGGCCUGCGCAUGCUGCGUAUCCUGCGGGUCAGCCAGAAUGCUGUCGGCAUCAUUGGACCAGACGCCUGGGAGUUUUGCCAAAAGCUUGAGGAACUAGACUUGUCUUACAAUCAUCUGACAAGACUUGAGGAGACAGCUUUCAAAGGUUUAGGUCUUCUGGAGAACCUGAACCUGGGAGAAAACUCAAUCAGCCAUUUGGGAGAGGGAGUGUUCAGUGGUUUGGCAAGUCUGCGCACCCUAGAUAUCCGUAAUAAUGAAAUCUCCUGGGCCAUUGAAGACUCCAUUGGUGUAUUUGAUGGCAUGAAGAAGCUGAACACUCUAAUCUUACAACAGAACAAAAUCAAAUCCAUCACACAGAAAGCAUUUGAAGGCCUGGAGGAGCUGGAACACUUGGACCUCAGCAAGAAUGGCAUCAUGUCGAUACACCCAGAGGCGAUGUCUCACAUGAAGCUCAAAGUGUUUGUCCUGAACACAAGCAACCUGCUGUGUGACUGUCACAUGCAGUGGCUGGGUCCUUGGUUGACAGACAGCCAGUUCCAGCAGUCUGUCUCUGCUGUCUGUGCCCAUCCUGCCAAUCUGCUUGGUCGCAAUGUCCUGUCCAUCAGCCCAGAAGAGUUUGUUUGUGAUGAUUUCCCCAAGCCUCGGAUCACAACUCACCCCGAGACGUCUGUUGCACUGCGGGGAAACAAUGUGACUUUGAGCUGCAUUGCGUCCAGCAGCAGUGAUUCACCAAUGACUACGGCCUGGCGGAAGGAUGGGGAAGUGCUGUAUGAUGCAGAAGUGCAAAACUACGCCCGGUAUCAGGAGGGAGAGCUGAUCUAUACCACUGUGCUUCACCUCCUCAGUGUGAACUUCACUGAUGAGGGGCGUUACCAGUGUGUGGUCUCUAAUCACUUUGGUUCCAAUUACUCCAACAGAGCCAAGCUUACUGUCAAUGAGAUGCCUUCCUUUCUUAAAACUCCCAUGGAUCUGACAAUCCGGACAGGGACUAUGGCCAGGCUGGAGUGUGCUGCUGAAGGCCAUCCAUCACCCCAGAUUGCUUGGCAGAAGGACGGAGGCACUGACUUCCCUGCUGCCCGGGAGCGCAGGAUGCAUGUGAUGCCUGAUGAUGACAUCUUUUUCAUUGCUAACGUGAAGACAGAAGACAUGGGAGUGUAUAGCUGCACAGCUCAGAAUGCUGCUGGCAGCCUGUCAGCAAAUGCUACUCUGACUGUCCUGGAAACUCCAUCCUUCAUGCGACCUUUGGAAGACAGAACAGUGGCCCGUGGUGAAACUGCUGUGCUUCAGUGUAUAGCUGGAGGUAGCCCUGCUCCUCGUCUCAACUGGACCAAAGAUGAUGGGCCUUUGGUACUAACAGAGCGCCACUUCUUUGCUGCAGCCAAUCAGCUUCUUAUCAUUGUUGAUGCUGGUCCAGCUGACGCUGGGAAAUACACCUGCAUCAUGUCUAAUACGCUGGGUACAGAGCGUGGCCACAUCUACCUGAGCGUCUCACCGUCACCAAAUUGCGAUACAGGCACGGUAUACGACCAGGACGGCUGGACCACUGUGGGCAUCGUGGUGAUUGUCGUGGUGUGCUGUGUGGUUGGGACCUCAUUGGUCUGGGUCAUUGUCAUCUAUCACAUGCGUAGGAAAAGUGAGGACUACAGUAUUACCAACACAGAUGAGAUGAAUUUGCCUGCAGAUAUCCCCAGCUAUCUAUCCUCUCAGGGUACUUUGUCAGAGCCUCAGGAGGGCUACAGUAAUUCUGAGGCUGGGAGCCACCAGCAGCUCAUGCCUCCUCACUCUAAUGGAUACGUGCAUAAGGGCACAGACGGUGUGUGUUAUGGAGACACAGGCAGUGAGGUGGAAACUGAAGGGAGCGGCAUGCUGCACUGCAGGGUUGGCUCUCUGUUUACUGGCCGUAGCAGUUUCCACCCUGGGGAGCCUCGUGAGGGACUUGCUGGAGUCCCCACAGGCAGCGCAGGUCCUCUGGUCAUUUGCUCUGACUGUUACGACAAUGCCAACAUCUACUCUCGCACGCGGGAAUAUUGUCCCUAUGCCUAUCUUGGGGAGGACGAUCCACUAGACAAGACUCUACCAGGUCUGAAGGAGAGCCUCAGUGAGCAUGCCCAGCAUGAGGACACAGCUCUGAAUAGCCUCAUUAGCAACCAGGACUCCUCCAUCUUUCUCACCUCACAUGAUAAAAGGCUAAGCAGCCACACACCCCCAGAGCACUAUGAUUCACUUAGCAGGUCUUUCUGGAGAGAAGCAGAAAAUCUAUCUUUGAAGCCCCAACCUGGAGCAUCGCCGAUACCAGAGACUGUACACAGGACACUUCCUCUGACCUCUGCUACUGACAGGGCAGUGGAACAGAGUGAAGCAGAAGUGGACUAUUCACCCAGUCAAUGCAACCAAAGAUGCUCUCUUGUAUGUUUACAUUCCCCUUUCAAUCAAGAGGACAUGCUAGUGUGCUCCACUGCAGAAAGACUUGCUACAUCAGACUGGAUACAUGGACCGGUGAUUAAAGUGACCUCCGUUCUGGCUCCACCACCCCUGCAGGAGCUCUUUCCUCUCAAGGCCUCCAGUCUCCUUUGUUCUCAUCCAAGAGAAAACUAUGAAUGUAUGCUUUAAAGAGCCAUGUCAGAUGCUGCCAUGAGAGAACAGAACACCAAGACACGGUCGAGUCUUCACAAGCUCUCGUCAGUCCCUGUUGCUGCGAGACUAAAAUAUGCUGUGCCAGUUGAUGUCACACUGGCAGUUUUGUCUCAUUAUUCCCGGUACAGACACCUGUUGGAGCAGCCUACAUGACUUCAGAAGAAAUCACUAGAAUACCGCCUCACAAGUGGGGAAAAUGGGGGUUAAAGAGGGGACAGUAGCAGUUCCCUGACCAGCAGUUUUUGAUUGAUAAUAUUGGAAAGACCCUUGAAGGCAUAGCUACAUUCCUACAGCCGUCCUGACUGACUCAGAACUAUGCUAUGGUAUCCUGUUAUGCAAAUCCCAGAGACAGUGACAUCAAAAUACGGUGUGUAUUAUGAAUAUAUAUGGAUAUAUACUAUAUUAUCAUAACAUUUUUUGUCUUAUGUCAGUUGAUAAUUCCAUAUUUUGUCUUCAUAAUGAUGAGCAGUUUAUGCAUACAUUUUUUUAUUUUUUGGUUUUGUUUUGUUUUUUGCACAUGAGACAAUCACAGUUUUGCUGUCAGUUGUUGUCUAAUGGAUGGCCUUUUCAAACAAGCAUUCUCAAUAGCCUUGAUCAUGUGACAUGUUUUUUUUUUUUUUAAUACAGUAUGCACUGAUUUGUUUUCCCUUCUGCGUUAACAGGCACUUAAUUUAAUGGUGGCAAAAUUAAUUAUGCAGUGUGCAUGACAUUUUUACACCACAAGGAGUUUAUUCUCAAAGUUAUUGUUCUUUCUAUGAAUAUUAAGUAACCCCAGGUUUCCACUUAGGACUGUGAACAUGAGAAUGUAUUAUUUUAUACAUGUAUGUAUGUGUACAUAAUGCUAGUUAUUAAAUUCAAUGUCCUAAUAAUCCAUUUGCUGAGAGGUUUGAGAUGUGAGCUGCAGUAAAAAAACAAAACAAAAAAAACAUUAAGCUUAUUUGUUUUAAGCUUUUGCUGUCCCGCCCUUAUUCCCAGAUUUUUACAUGUUGGUUCAGGUAACGAGAUUGAAUUUUUCUUGGUAAUUGGGUGUUAUUUUCUUCGAAAUUGAAAGGCUGGUACUCCCAACAGCUGCCUGGCCUUGGCAGGCUGCGCUGUUUUCAAAUGAGAGCUAUUAUUUCUCUUUUCAGGCUUGGACAUGAAAACGCCCCUCUUAGAAGAAUGUGGUUCUGUCUCAACAAGUUUGAUCCAAUGAGUCGUCUUUAAAGGUCCUCUUGAUUAUUGCACUUCGUACUCACUAUUUUUAGAAAAUUACUCUUAGCUGCCAGUGUAUUAAGAUAAACCUAACAAAAAUGGAUGCAGUCAAAUGAGCAGUGUCGUGUUGCAGUUUGCGUACUAUUUUUUAUGAAGUUUAAAGUGUUUUUAUUUAAACUUUAUUAGAGAGACACUGAUUCAACUGUGCGGUCAUUUUGUUGGAUAUAGUUACAUGUUUGUGGAUCACUUGUAUUCAGUCAAAUUUCCUUCUCUGUAACGAUCACGCAGGUGAAUAAAUACCUCACCAAAGUUAUUUCUGCAAACAACUUUGCAACUCUGAUGAAUCUAAGGAUUGUCUUAAUUGCAUUAGUUUUUCGUUAGGUGCACCAAGUAAACUGGUAGCUGAUUGGAUGUCAUUUCCAUGUUUUUAUAGACCAUCUGACAUUAGACAGAUUGCCUCUUAUAUUUGAUCACUUAUUUUAUUGUCAUUUCCUUUCUGGUGAUAAUUACUGCUACUUUUUUUUAAAUAGCUGACCAUGUUUGAGAGAGAUUAUUCAAAGGUAUUGAGUCCACUCGCAAACAAAAAAGAAAUCACUUAGAAGUGAAAUAUUAAUCUACAGUGCACGUGCGUUCUGAUGUAGCUUGAUGCCAUGUCUUCCAUGUAAUGUCACAAUGUCUAAAUUAUUUAUUGUCAAUAAUUUCUCAAAAUGUGAUUGAUGAUGAUAGUAAUUUCCAGAGAACUUCACCUCCUUGGUGGUGUGUGUAAACAUAAAUUGCGUUUCACUUCUACGUUCUUUUAUCAGCCCAUUCCAAUCUUUUUCCUUUGAAUUGAGCAUUAUCUACAAACUGGUUCCAGUUGUUCCAAACUGGGACUAAAGCCUAAGAACUCCUUUCCUGGCCUCUCUGUAUUUUUUUUUCAUAUUUCUUGUUUCACUAGUUGCAGAUUCUUGUGUUGAUGUUUUCAGACUCUUGGACAAAGUCAAUUUCAUGGCCCUCUUAAAUGAUACAAAAAUUGAAAUGAGAACUUGCUGUGAUAAAUUAUUUUUCUGUGAUAAGUUAUGAAGCGGCGUAUCCGGGAGGCAGACAUCGAUUCAGUGUUCAAUAUUUUUCACCAACACAGCCUAAAAUAAUGUGCAUUUGUUUUUGUUUUAUUCUCUGAAAUGUCCUUUAUGACUUUAUACCAAAGUUUAGCAGUAACUGCUCUGGCGAAAUCCAAUGCUGCUUUUUGUUUUUAUUGUUUGUUUUGGACCUUGUUUCCUGUACAUUCUGUAAAGCAUGUCUAAAGAGCCUUUUUGUUACAUAGCCAUUAUUCAAACAUUAAACGUGAAUUCUGAUAA